AUGCUCAGUCUCAACGACAAAGACGAAGACCAAGAAGAAGGCCUCCCACUCAAACCCACACAGAACGAUUUCGUAAACGAGGAGGAGGAGGAACGUAUUCCUCGCGCCCGUUCGAAACGCGCGAGACGGGCGCCGAAAGCGGUGUACGAUAACGACUUUGAAGCGCACGAGAUUCAAAACGCGAUCAAAGCGUCCAAAGUCAUCACGAACAGAUGUCGAACGGACGGCUCGGACAUUCCUUUAGCACCGAUAUUUUACCCCACGGAGGAGGAAUUCGAGGACCCGAUCGCGUAUAUUUGUUCGAUUCAAUCGAAAGCGGAAGCGUUUGGGAUUUGUAAAAUCGUGCCUCCGGAUGGAUACGCGCCGAAUUUCAACCGCGCGUGCUGUUUCGGAGAAAAGAGUUUGGUCGAAACGAAACAUCAAAACGUGAACAGGUUACAACAGGGCGAGAGUUUCCCGCCGGGGAAGACGUACGUCGGGUUAGAGAAAUAUAAGGAAAUGGCGGAUACGUUCGAGGAGAAUUAUAAAGAAGCGCACCCGGAGACGUUUAAAGAUAUCAAAGACGAGGACGAUCUACUCAAACGAAUAGAAGACGAGUAUUGGAGAAUUGUGGAGACCAAUCCGAACGAGGCGAAAGCGGAGUGCGGGAGCUUGAUUCAAACGAAAAAUGUGAAUAAAAAAGGCGAGGUUUUAGUAGAGUACGGCAGCGACGUGGACGCGAGACGGUUUCAGAGCGGGUUCGCGGCUGGGAUUAGCGGUGAUCCAGAGGAUACGGAGAAACACCCGUGGGAUAUGUUUGAGUUGUCGAAGCAUCCCGAUAAUUUGCUAAGGUUUGUGGAUGACGAUAUUCCCGGUUUAACCACUCCGUGGGUGUAUUGCGGGAUGUUGUUCGCGACGUUUUGUUGGCACGUGGAAGAUCAUUACUUAGCCAGCGUGAAUUACGCGCACAAAGGUUCGGCGAAAACCUGGUACGGGAUUCCCGGAAGCGACGCGGAAAAGUUUGAAGCCAUCGCGAAAACAGCCGUCCCUUCGCUGUUUAAAGAAAAUCCGGACAAGUUACAUCACAUCACGAUGUUAGUCCCUCCGGGGCAGUUGAUUGAAAACAAAAUUAAGAUUGUCAAGUUGGUGCAAAAGCCCGGAGACUUCGUCGUGACGUUUCCGAGAGCCUAUCACAGCGGCUUUUCUCACGGUUUUAACGUCGGCGAGGCGGUGAACUUUGCACCCGUGGAUUGGAUCGAGAUGGGCCGAGUCGCGUGCAGAAACUACGUCAAAGGGAACGGGAAACGAAACGCGGUGUUCGCGCACGACCGCGUCGUCGUAACCGCGGCGAAAAGUUUGAAGAAAAUAUUUGAAACGACGAAAUCGAGAGGCAAAUGGAUGGCGCACAUGUCCAGAGUUUUACGAACGGAUUUAGAGACGUUGGCGGACGAGUUGGAGAAUUGGCAAUCGAUUUUGAAUGGGAAACAGAGAGGCGACGGAUUUAUCAAAGGCGAUCCGUUGCGCUUUUACAAGUGUCAAAACAUCCCAGAAAUGGAUGGGCCGGAAGAUUGUUGCGUCGUGUGUAAAGCGAUGCCUUUUGCGGCGGUCGUGAGGUGCGAGUGCGAGUUUGGGAGAUCGUUUGCGCGGUGUUUGCAACACUGGAAUCGAGGGUGCGAUUGCAAGCAAAGACACAGGAUGGUGGAAAUGCGCAUGGAAGUGGAUGAGCUGAGAGCGCUCGCGAAGAGCUUGGAGCUUUAA